ACGUCACACUCUCCGGAAAACGCCGCUGCGUAAACGGCGGGGGCGUGUCUUCUGGUCCCUCCGCAUGUAGUUACCUGAGAAACGCGGGAAGUUGGGUCGGGGCACUGUUGCUCUGGUAGCCUAAGUUCUUUUAUUUGUGGAGAGAGCCGUGAGGUUGUCCUCUGGCCCAAGUCCUUAGGCCGAUUCGGCUUCUUGGCGCGGUGCGAUGGAGGUAGUGGAGGCCGCUGCCGCUCAGCUGGAAACUCUGAAAUUCAAUGGCACCGGCUUUGCGGUUGGCGAAGGUCCAGCGGCGGCGUCUCCGGGCUCUACUCCUACGCCAGGGACACAGCCGCCGCUACAGUCGCGUGAGGGGUCCCCGCACACUGAGCAGACCGUGGAGGUUAAGCCUGCCGGGGAGCAGCCACUGCAGCCCUUUCUGAACCCCGUCCCGGCCGGGACCCCAGCGCCGCAGCCGCAGCCGCCAGCUGAAUCGCCGGCCUGCGGGGACUGCGUCACCUCCCCGGGAGCCGCAGAGCCUGCGCGGGUUCCGGACCCCUUGGAGACCUCGGAGUCGGAGUCGGACUCGGACAGUGAAACAGAUUCAGAUAGUUCAAGCUCAUCAUCUUCCUCCUCAUCUUCCUCAUCAUCUUCCUCUUCUUCCUCUUGUGUAUCACUUCCUCCAGUGCUGUCAGAUGGAGAGGAUGAUUUACAAGUUGAGAAGGAAAAUAAGAAUUUUCCUCUUAAAACAAAAGAUGAAUUACUUCUUAACGAACUGCCUUCUGUUGAAGAACUCACUAUUAUUCUGCCUGAAGAUAUUGAAUUAAAGCCUCUUGGGAUGGUUUCAAGUAUUAUUGAACAACUAGUAAUAAUUGAAUCUAUGACUAACCUACCUCCAGUUAAUGAGGAGACUGUAAUUUUUAAAAGUGAUCGACAAGCAGCAGGAAAGAUAUUUGAGAUAUUUGGACCUGUUGCACAUCCAUUUUAUGUCUUACGGUUUAAUUCUUCAGAUCACAUUGAAAGUAAAGGUAUUAAAAUAAAGGAGACUAUGUAUUUUGCUCCAUCAAUGAAAGAUUUCACCCAGUAUAUAUUCACAGAAAAACUUAAACAGGAUAAGGGAUCAGAUGCAUCUUGGAAGAAUGAUCAGGAACCACCACCAGAGGCCUUAGAUUUCAGUGAUGAUGAAAAAGAAAAAGAAGCCAAACAGAGGAAAAAAUCUCAGAUUCAAGGCCGGAAAAAACUCAAAUCUGAAUUUAAUGAGCCAGGUGAAGAUUUUGCUGAAGUACAUCAGAAUUGGAAUGCUCAUAGCUCUGCUUCAGAACAUUCAAAAGGAUAUCGCAACAGAGAAUUCACACGAGGAUUUUCCAGAAGCAGAUACCCUCGAUCUUGCCAUGGCAGGCCUCCACCUCAGCAGUUCUAUAACUCAGAACAUAUGGUAUCUCAGGAGACUUCAGGAUUUCCUUCCCAGAGACAAGAUAAUCCCAUUAUGCCACAAUACCCCUUUCCCCCUCCAAUGUUUGAUAUGCAUAAUUUUUCACUCUGCCCACCACCUCCACCCCCACCCCCACCUGUAAACAUGCGUUGGGCUACACCAAACAUGGCAGCUCAUCCAUUACUUAACUUGCCAUACUCCCUACCCCCACCACCUCCCCCUCCGCCGCUGCCUCCUCCACCCUCUUCUGGAGAUAGUAAUUCUCAUUUUGGACCUUACUAUUAGGUGACUAUGCAUUUCCAGAGAAAUGUGGACUUGUCAUAUUAUGUAGUAAGGAUUUUUUUUUUUUAAAGAAAAAGUGAUUAUGGAGCUAGAUUUUUAAAAACACUGUAAAAUACUAAAUGAUUCCUUCUGUUGUAAGUUGAUAUAUAUUUGUAGCCUUUGUGAAAUUGUAUUCAUAUGAAAAUGUCAGCUCAGAUUGUUGGGAGAACAUUAAAUUAUGUAAUAUUUAAAAUUUUGAAUUCAUGCCUUCUCCCACCCAAACCCACCCAGUUAAACUAUAUAUAUAUAAUAAUUGGUAUGGAAUAAGUUUCAUCAUGGGUAAAAUAUAUGGAGCACAUUGAUUUUCUUGCUAUAAUCUGAAAAUAAGAUGAAGUCCUUUUGAGAGUCUUUAUUUUUAUAAAUGUAUACUUUAGAAAUCAAUUUUAAUUAUAAACGUAAUUUGCAAAUAAAUUUAAAUGACCAUAAUUUUUCUUUUUAAAGCAGUUGAAGGGUGUGUGUAGAGGAGGAAAUUCUUAGAUAUUGGUAGAAGCUCUGAUUAUAGCUAAAGUAAAUAUUAUGCAUAGGCAAGCUUCUGUUAUCUGUGCGAUUUCCUUUAUUUAGGCACCUGUUCAGAAGGCUUUACUAUUUAAUCUCCUAAAAGGGAUACAAAGAUUAUUCACAUUAAGAUCUAUUCAGGGAUUUCAUCUUCCAUAUUUGUUUCCCAGAUACUCACAUGCAGACUAGGUUCAAUAAAUAACAAGUAUUUAUUGAAUAUCACAAUUUAGAGUUUUUAAUUAAAUGAGUAAUGACUACUGCUUUAUAUUAUGAAGUGUCAAUGUAAGGGAAAUUAUGGGUUUUAGAACUAGAAGAGGCCAUUGAAAUACUCUAGUUUUCAUUUAAUAAAUGAGGAGCCCAAGUGUCCCAAAGAAGUUAAUUUAACUAAGAUCACUCAGCUAGUGAGUUGAUGGAAGAGUUGAACCUACAUCUCCUGGUUUUCUGAUUAGCAUUUUCCACUAAUUAGAUGCUUCCCAGUCUUUCAUUCCUUAACACACUUUUGUAUGGCACAUUGGAAUAAACUAGAUAACACACCACUUAGCAGAAACCCAUUUACUCUGGUUGCACUGAGGCCCCACUUUUUUUCCCCAUUAGCUGAGGGGACUCUUUGCAGCAUUCCUAGUACACAAGUUGAGAGGCUCUGCCUUGGUAUAUAUUAACUUUAUCAUGCGAGUACUUUCCUCAUUAUCUUUUGAAAUGUUUUUGGAACUUUUAAGUUACCUUCUCAGGUUAGCAUAGCCUUUUAAUUAUUUGCUAGAAUACUGUAAGAGUUUAUGAGAUUGUAUCUAAAAGCACUAAAAGAAAAAUGCAAAACCCUUUUCCACAAGAAUGGGAACAGUAACAUAUUAUUAGACAUCAAGCUGUUCUGAUCAUCAUGGCAUUUAAAAACCUGUCCAUUUCUGUACCUCAGGUACAGGUUUACCUCAUAGAUACUGUGGCUUCAGAUGCAGAUCGCUACAGUCAGGUCAGUCAUACAAAGUUUUGGUUUCCAAAUGGAUAUAAAAGUUAACGUUUGUGCUCUACUAUAGUUUAUUAAGUGUGCAAUAGCAUUGUGCCUACAAAAACCAAAUGUGUUUAUCUCAAUUGAAGAAUAUUUUACUGUUAAAAAGUAAUAAUGACCUUCAGAGCUUGCAGUGAGUUGUAAUCUUUUUACUGGUGGAGGAUCUGGCCUCAGUGUUCUUGGUCGCUGACUGAUCAGGGUGGUGGUUGCUGAAGGUGGCAGUUUCUCCUAAUAGAUAGCAGUGAAGUUUGCUGCAUUAAUUGGCUCUUCGUUUCACCAAAGAUUUCUGUGUAGCAUGUGAUGCUACUUGAUAGCGUUUUACUCUCUAAAACUUUGAAAUUUGGGAUCGGUUCUUAAACCCUGCCACUGCUUUAUCAACUAAGAAGUUUAUGUAACAUUCUAAGUCCUUUGUUACCAUUUCAAUAAUGUACUUGGCAUCUUCACCAUGAAUAGCCUUUACUUGAGAAGCCUCAUUUUUUCUCAUCCAUAAGAAGUAACUCCUCAUCUAUUCAAGUUUUUUCAUGAGAUUACAGCAAUUCAGUCACAUCUUCAGGUUCCACUUCUAAUUCUAGUUUUCUUCCUAUUUCUACCACUUCUGCAGUUAAUUUCCUUCACUGAAGCUUUAAACACCUCAAAAUUAUUCAUGAGGGUUGGAAUCAACUACUCCCAAACUCCUGUUAAUAUUGGUAUUUUGACCUUAUCUCAUGAAUCAUGAAUGUUCUUGACAUCUUAAAUGGUAAAUCCUUUCCAGAAGGUUUCCAAUUUACUUUGCCCCAAUCCAUCAGAGGAAUGGCAAUCUGUGACAGCUAUAACCUUACAAAAAGUAUUCUUAUAUAAUAAGACUUGAAAAUCAAAACUAUUCCUUGAUCCAUGGGCUAUGGAAUGGAUGUGUUAGUAGUCAUUAAAAAAAUACCUCCUUGUAUAUCUCCAUCAGAGUUCUUGGGUAUGACCAGGUGCAUUGUUAAUAAUCAGUCACAUUUCAAAAGAAAUCUUUUUCCGAAUGGUGGACUUAAAAUCUUUAGUAAACCAUGAUAUAAAAAGAUGUGCUGUCAUCCAAGCAUUGUUUUUUAUUUAUAAAGCACAAAAUUCCUAAGGACCCUAGGAUUCUUGGAACUGUAAAUGAGCAUUGGCUUCAACUUAGUCACCAGCUACAGUAUCUCUAACAAGAUAGCCUGUCCUUUGAAGUUUGGAAACUAGGCAUUGAUUCCCACUCUGUAGCUAUGAAUGUCCUAGAUGGCUGCUUUUUUCAAUAGAAGACUAUUUUGUACACAUUGAAAAUCUGUUGUUUAGUGUUUAGUGUAUCCAUCUUAGCUAGACCUGGAUACCUUGUAGCUUCAUCUUGCACUUGUAUGUUGAGAUGGCUUCUUUCCUUAAGCCUCAUGAGCCAACCUUUGCUAGCGUCCCACUUGUCUUCUACAGUUUCUCUCAGCCAUCGUAGAAUGGAAGAGAGUUAGGGCCCUGCUCUGGAUUAGGCUUUGGCUUUAAGGGAGUGUUGUAGUUGGUUUGAUCUUACAUCCAGACCACUUAAACUUAUUCCAUAUCUGCUGUGAAGCUGUUUUGCUUUCUUAUUCCUAUGUUCACUGGAGUAGUAUUUUUAAUUUCCUUUAAGAAGUUUUUCUGUGCAUUCACAACUUGGCUGUUUGGCACAAAAGGCCUAGCUUUUUAGCUUGUCUCAAAGCCUCAGCUCAACAUGCUAUCUUCACUAAGCUUAAUCAUUUCUAACUUUUGAUGUGUGGUGAAAGAUGUACAACUCUUCCGUUCACUUGAACACUUAGGGUCAUUGUAGGGCUAGUAAUUGGUUUAAUUUCAAUAUUGUUUCAUGAAAUAGGAAGGCCUGAGGAGAGAAAGAGAUACAGCACAUUUGUGAAGCAGUCGGAACAUACACAUGUAUCCAUUAAGUUCACUAUAUUAUAUGGGCAUAGUUUGUGGUGCCUCCAAAACAAUAGUAACAUCAAAGAUCACUGACGUGAGAUCACUAUAACACAAAUAACAAUUAUGAAAACGUUCAAAAUAAUGAGAGAAUUACCAGAAUGUGACAGAAUACAUGAAGUGAGCAUAUGCCGUUGGGAAAAUGGAGUUGAUAUACUCGCUAGGUGCAGGAUUGCUACAAACCUUCAAUUUGUAAAAAAUGCACUAUAAAGUACAGUACAGUGAGGUGGAAUAAAACAGUGUAUGCCUGUAGUAUUAUCUGACAGGAUAUUUAAUAUCAACAGUAGCAUCUGAAUUAUACCAUUGGAUCUUCGCUUCAAUUAAGUUGGUAUCGUAACCACUUAGGUCCAGUUGCCUCUCUAUAUACAGUCCUCUGUGUCUGUGGAUUCUGCAUCUGUGGUUCAACCAAUUGUGGAUCAAAAAUAUUUAGAAAACAAUAAAAUGUAUGGUUGCACCUGUA